AUGUCAGGGGGAAGCAACAGAGGCCGUGGAGGAAUCAGAGGUGGGACACGAGGCGGUAGAGGAGGCAGAGGCGGCAGGGGCGGCAGGGGCGGCAAAGGAAGCAGAGGAGGCAGAGGUGGGGUUGGUGGUGGUGACGCACAGGUGGUGAAACCCGAAUAUCAAUUCAAACCGGAGUUUGAAUCACAAAUGACUGCACCGGAUCCAACCUUCAGAAUUAAAGAGUUGUUGGCCCAGGAAGAGAAAACCAGAAAACCUGGCGAUCCGUACCAACUCGUCAAAAGACCUGGGUUUGGUACCGUUGGUAUAAAGACCAAAGUCGGUACGAAUUACCUCAAGUUCAAUGUCUCGCACAUGAAAUUCUGGUACUAUAACGUCACAUUCCAGCCGGAGAUUGCAGCAAAGAAAAAAAUCAAGAAGGAUCUAUUGGAAAUCCUUCUGAAAAAGUCUCCAUUCAGCGGAUUGAAGGGGAAAUUAUUUCAUAAUGGCUCAGACGCAAUAUAUUCGUCGGCACCAUUGCCGAUCAAAAGGAAGGACGGAAAAGUCAGAUUUGAUUUCCAGCAAGAUGAUUACAAAGGUGUUGUCUCCUCGACUGUGAUGGCUGCCUUAAGAGGUUCGGAGAAGAAGAAGACCGAAGGUGAUCCUCCAGUUUAUUGUACCGUUGAAUACAUUUAUAAAUUGGAUAUGGAUGAUUUGAAUAACUGGGUCCAAAUUAAAGAUGAGAAAAACAUCGAAGCUGCUGCUUACAUUUCUGCCCUCAAUGUUUUAUUGGGUUACCAAAUUGCCAAAACGGCCAAUGUCUUCACUGCAGGCAGGUCUAAGUUCUUCUUUGUCGAGCAUCCUGAAAAAUGCCAGUCUUUCCAAAGAGGUUUAUAUCUAGCCAGCGGUUAUUAUGCUUCUGUUUUACCAACUUUUGAUAAUGUCAUGCUUAACGUGAGGCCCGUUGCUGGUGCGUUUAUCAAAUCCCAUAAUAAGGAUGGUACUCCAAUGUCUGUUGCAGAUUUAGUUGCAGAUUAUUUUGGAGAAACCGAUCUGAAGAAGGUUCCGAACUCUGAAAUAGUCAACCAAAGGUUUUUCUUCAAAGGUAUCAAAAUUUUGAGGACUUAUUUGGGCCAUAAGUCCAAACCAAAGGGUAUUUUUGAUAUAAGUAGGUCAGAUACUGCUAACAAUUAUAAAUUCGACUGUGAUGGUAAGCAAACAUCAGUUGCUGAAUACUUUGCAGAAAAGUACAACUUGAAGCUGAAGUAUCCCGAUGCGCCUUUAGUUCAUUUGGGUGGCAGCAAUUACCUACCAAUGGAAGCGUGUAUCAUUGUCCCAGGUCAAGAGUUCAAGGGGGAAAUCUCCGAUGUAAGGGGUAUUCUGAGUUUCACUACCCACAGACCUCAUGUUAUAGCUGGCCUAGUUCAACAAGAGGGUAUCAAGAAUUUAUCAACUGCAAUUGAUAGUGAAGAAUCUGCUAGAAUUGGUAAAAAGUUGGUUGUUGUCCCUUCGAGAGUUUUACCAGCUCCUGUUCUGGAGUAUAAGAAUGCAAAAAUUGCUUAUAGUGAAAAACCGGCAGAUGGUAAGUCGGAAAAAGCCAAGGGAUCUUGGGAUCUAAUUAACAAGCAAUUCUAUAAUCCUGUUAAAGGUGUCAAGAAGUUGACGGUCUUAGUUUUGGAAAAUUCUAGGAGACCCCUCCGUGCGUACGAAAAGGAUGACAUUGAAGAUGCUUGUAAUGAAUUUGUUAAUUCAGCUGCAAAGACAGGCGUGAAAUUCGAUAAGAACUAUCUCUUUGAACCAGUUUCCUAUGACAAUGUCAUGUACCUCUCGAAGGAAAUCAUCAAAGUCAUGAAACCUUUACAAUCAAAAACUGACUACGUUUUAACAAUUUUGAAUCAGAAAGAUUCACAGAUUUAUUCGGCGGUUAAAACUGCACUGGAUAAGGAUUUGGGUAUCUUGAAUCAAUGUACUCUAGCAAAUAAGUUUGCAAAGAGAAAAUUUGGCAAGUUUGAUCUACAAAUGUACGCACUGAUGAGCAUGAAAACUUGUAUUAAGCUUGGAGGUACCAACCAUGUCCUAUCUAAGAACGAUGUUGGUAUGCUUGUGGUAGAUGGCUUGCCGACAUUACUUUUAGGUGCCGAUGUGACUCACCCAACCAACAACUCCAACGGUACAUCUAUAGCAGCCGUUGUCGGCUCUGUUGACGGACAUUUCAAUUCUUUCCCUGGCUCCAUCUCAGUUCAGGAACAAAAAGUCGAAACUAUUGCUGAAAUGUCCAAAAUGUGUGUUGAAAGAAUCAUGGAAUACUACAAAUCUGUGGGUAAAUUACCAACAAGAGUAUUGUUUUAUAGAGAUGGUGUUUCAUUGGGCCAGUUCAAUAUUAUCUUGGACGAGGAAGUUACAGCAGUCAAGAAUUCUUUCAAGGUUAUCUCCAACAACCUCGGUGUUAAAUUCGAUCCUAAAUUAACAUUUGUUACUAUUCUAAAGAAUCAUAGUACUAGAUUUUUCCCACUAGAAAAGAAUGCAGCUAAUUCUCAAGGAAAACAAGUUGCAGUCACAGCACAAGAUAAUAUUAUUCCUGGUUCUAUUGUUGAAAAAGGUGUGACGUCGAGAAGUUUAUACGAUUUCUUUCUACAGUCACAACAGGCCCUACAAGGAACUGCUAUUCCAGGGCAUUAUUAUGUGUUGUAUGACGAGAAUAACUGGACUCCAGAUGAAUUACAGAAAAUUACCUACAAUUUGUGUAGUAUAUUUGGUAGGGCAACCAAAUCAGUUAGAGUUGUUCCUCCUGCAUAUUAUGCAGACUUAUUGUGUGAAAGAGCUACAUGUUUUGUAAAGAAUGUGAAAGUUCUGAAGAACCAAUCGCCAGUGGAAGCUGCAAAGAAGGCUAUAGGUGAUGGUAUCCACAAGAAUGUCAAGGGUAGAAUGAUCUAUAUUUAA